AUGUUUCGAAAGCGUUAUCGUUGUCUUCAAACAGUAAAAUCGAGCCAUGAAGAUUACAUCAGCUAUUCUGCAGCAGUUAAUAGGCGCUGUGAAGAAUUCAAUGUUGGCAGAACAACCGUUGACCAGUUUAAGUGCCUAGUGUUCGUAUGUGGCUUACAAUCGCCGGACGAAGCAGAAAUACGAAUGCGUCUCAUAAACCGAUUGGAAACCGAACCAGACACUAUGAACCUUGCCAUACUAGCGGAUGAAUGCAACAGAUUGGUGAAUUUACGGAAAGACACAUCCAUGGUAGAGCAGCAAGAAGUGAAUUCUGUACAUAAAGCAGCUACACACACCGAUACACGAACAAGACCGACUAACCUACCAAAAGCUCCUUGUUGGUUGUGUGGUGGCGUUCAUUUUGUUCGUGACUGCGAGUACGCAAACCAUCGCUGUGCGGAAUGUCAACAAUUCGGGCAUAAAGAAGGGUAUUGUGUUUGUAUUCGUCCUCCCAGAAAUACCUCCUACAGGCAUAAUCGUACAGGUGGUGACAGUAGACGGGGAGAUGGUAGUAGUAAUUGGCACCGAUACCAUUCCCGAUCGUUAGUGUGCAAUCAAGUGCUAAGCAAGGCGGCUCGAAAAUAUGUAACAGUGUUAAUAAACGAAGUCAAAACGGAAUUGCAGAUUGACACUGCCUCAGAUAUUACAGUGAUCUCUGAGAAGCGCUGGGAAAUCAUUGGGAAACCCGCAACCACCACUACAUCUGCAAAAGCGUUAACAGCGUCUGGGACGAAAUUACAAUUAUCAUCGCAGUUCCAAGCAACCCUGACGUUAGGUGAGAUAUCAAAACAAGGCAUUGUUUACGUUACCAAAUCGAAUCUGAACAUUUUGGGAAUCGAUUGGAUCGAACAAUUUGGUAUUUGGGACGUUCCGAUCAACAGCAUCUGUCGACAGCUUCAGCUUUCCGGCACUGACCAAAUCAAAAAGCUUAAAUCAACCUACUCGGAUGUGUUUUCGGAUGAGCCAAGUGUUUGUGCUAAGGUUGAAGUGAAUCUAGCGGUGAAAGAAGGCGCUGUUCCUGUGUUCCGGCCAAAGCGUCCAGUUUCUUUUGGCUCCUUAAACCUUGUUGAAAAUGAGUUGGACAGGCUCGAAAGACGUGGAGUAAUUACACCUGUCACGUAUUCCGAUUGGGCUGCUCCUAUUGUGGUCGUGAAAAAGUCGGAUAAGUCGGUGCGAAUUUGUGGAGAUUACUCCACCGGUUUAAACGCAGUGUUAACACCUCACAAAUAUCCACUUCCUACGCCUGACGAGAUAUUUGCAACAUUAUCUGGUGGAAUAAUUUUCAGCAUUUUGGAUCUGCGUGACGGUUAUUUGCUGAUGAAUGUUUCGGAAGAGUCUCGUAAGUACUUGACUAUAAAUACGCAUAAAGGCCUGUAUCAAUACAACCGACUUUCGCCGGGUCUGCGUUCCGCACCUGGGGCGUUCCAGCAAGUAAUAGAUACCAUUCUUGCAGGAAUUCCUGGCGUCAAACCGUACAUAGACGAUGUAAUUAUAACCGGAUACCUAUUGCUACCAUCGAAAAAUAUCCCUCAAGAUAAGGUGCCGGUUGCAGAUAGGAUACGACGCUUUGAGAGUGGCGAUGCGGUGUAUGUUCAGCAGCAUGUACGAGAAUCAACGAAGUGGAGUCCAGGUGAAGUUGUUAAGUGCCUGGGUAACGUGUUGUAUACGGUGCAAUUAGACAAUGGGCGAAUCGUGACAGCCCAUGUUAACCAAAUGAUACGUCGCUAUGGUGAAGGACCUAGUAAUAAGCCACAACUUCCCCUCGAUAUAUUGGUCGACAGUUUUGAUAUGUAUCCAACGAAACAAAUUGCCACACCACAGUUGCCGGUAGAAGGAGUAAACAAUGAAGUUUUUCCUCUUAGGAGAUCUGGUAGAACCCGAAACGUUCCUGUGAGGUAUAGAGACUAUCAUCUUUAUUGA